AUGUCUGAUUCAUACCCACCACCUAUGUCAGGAUCAUACCCCCCAACGAGUCAACCACCAAUGUCUGGAUCAUACGCACCACCAAGUCAACCACCAAUGUCUGAUUCACACCCACCACCAAGUCAACCAUUAAUGUCCGACUCAUAUCGACCACAUAUGUCUGGAUCAUACCCACCACCAAGUCAACCAUUAAUGUCCGACUCUUAUCGACCACAAAGUCUAUCAUUAAUGUCCGGAUCAUACCAACCACCUAUGUCUGGAUCAUACCCACCGCCUAGUCAACCAAUAAUGUCCGGAUCAUACCCACCAACAAGUCUGCCUUUAAUGCCCGAAUCAUACCCACCACCAAGUCAACCG